GUUUUGUAGUGUGUGGACGCCAUUUUGGUUUCUUCUCAUGCUUGUGUUGAGACUUUAGUUAGUUUGAAAGAAAUUGUUUAACCAAAUAGUAGCUUCCUUGUGACGUUAUUAAAGAUGGACGAAGAGAUAACUGACGGUUACAGUGAACCAUGUGGACAGUGUGGCUCGGUCUUUUGGGGUGUUUCAGAUGAAGGGCAGUUCUUCUGUAAAAACUGCCAUAAUGUGAUUGAGAGAACUAAAGAUUUUGAGGAUGCGAAUCCAGGGUUCUUCAACAGCAGGGUCUCCUCUUUAUCAGCACGCAAAAGGAAGAGGAAUGUAAAAGAAGGUGCACGAGAAUGGAUGGUAUGCGAGGGCUUUCAGAUGAUCCUUAAACUUCAGGCCGAAGCUUUCAUUAAACUCGGUGUCUGCCCUCAGUUUAAGACAGAUGUGUUAUGGAAUUUCUGGAAGCGGUACAUGCAGAAGACCAAACAGGCAUACACAAGAGAACCAGUGAACAGUAUCAGAGGUUCAGUGGACUUGACCAGUGACAGUGAGGCUGAGUCAUCUGCCAAUGAUGGCGCAUCAUGUUACGCUGACUCAAUGAAGGGAGCCAGUGCAGUCUCUGGAUACUCCAGUGAUGGGAGAUCUUCAGUGUGUUCGGGCUCUGUGGAUGCCGAAUACUACUUCAGACGGAAAGAAAGCAAGAAAUUGAUGAGCAUGCCUCGAACACUAGCAUUCUGCCACUUGGCUCUGCUUUGGGUCAGGGAGGCCAUCACACUGGCAGACUUGCUAAGGUUGGUGUCUAAGGGCCACAUCCCUUAUGUUAAUGUUCAUUUAUCUUUUCCUGAAGAGAUGAGGUUCUUUGGCAAGGAUGCAAUAAUCUUCAGAGUUGAGACUAUCCCCUCUUACAGAAAGGUACACAAGGAGGCAAUGGAACUGGCCGCAUUGAUAGAGCUGCCUGCUUUCCCUCCUGUAUCUCAGGAUUGCCUCCUGCAUCCAGCUCUGCUCAGUCUACGCUAUUUGACGGAUGCUAAUCUUCCUGAUGAACUUCAUACAUUGGUUUGCAAAGUAAUACAGAAAGCAGCCAUGGGGAAAGACUCCUUUCUGACCUUUGACCCUACUAGGAGAAAGCCUAAGCUUCUGUGCUACGAUCUUCAGGCUGCAGCGCUCAUUAUUGUGACCAUGAAGCUCCUGUACAGGCUGGACGAUAAGGUGGAGUGGAUGUUGGCCAGGAAAGCAGAUGAAAAAGAUGAUGUAAAGCACCGUGGCAAGAAAAAGACCAAAAAAAUGGGAAAGAUGUUUCAAUUGAGAAGAUGGUUUAUGAUUGUACAGUCUGCACUGGAACGAGCUAGGAAGAAGGAAAAGCAGGCUGAGGCCAUGCGACAGUGGAAAUCUAAGAAGCCCAUAAUUCCGUCUUUAAAACAAAAAUCCCUCGUACUAAAACGAAGACGUGUGGUUGAACAGCUCCAGAGCACUUUCCAAGCUAUUUCUGGUUCAGCUCCAGAGCAGCAGGUUUCCUCCCCAUCUACCUUCCAGUUUCUUUGGGAAGACAAGGAUGGAGCUGAUGGACCCAGUCUCCAUGACAAGUGCCUGGACUGUGUGAUGAUUAAAAGGGAAAAAAAAUUCCAUAUUGUCAACCGUAAAUAUUGGCACACUGACUUGAGGAAGUGUCCAAGAAGUUGUGGAGACCAUUUCAGAGAUCUGGAGCCUACUUUGCCCAGGAUGUAUGUGUGGUUGCUUGGACUCUUCUCUUUUAUUCUUGGUGUUGAAGAUGCACAGCUGCACAGUGCAGUCGUCCAGGUGGAACGACGCCUACUGCCAGGCCGGAAAUCAGCCCCAGAAAACCUCACUGAAUGAACACAGGAAUGGUAUUAUUGAAGCAUGUCUGAGUUGAGAAGAGUUUUUUUCUUGUGUGGGAACAGUCACUGCCUGCUUUUACCUUUUUAAGGUUUAGAGUCAAUUGUGUUUUUAUACUGUACAGUUGAAACAAGUGGUUGAAAAAAGAAGUGGUUGAAACAUCUAUGCACUGAUUUCUAUAAUCUAAAGCAACAUGCAAUUUUGUACAUGUAUUUAUUUCUUUAAGUAUAUAGGAUAGUAGAAGAUACACUGACAAUUAUACAUGGAUCCUUCUUUCUACAAAUUUAUAUGAAUGAUAAUUAAGAACCCUUUUUUAAGGUCAUGUACAAACUUAACCUGUUAGGCUCCUGGAAUAAUGCAGCAACAAAAACUGAAGUCUUUCCCUUUCUUUCCAGCUGACCCUUCCAUUGCUGUUGAAACUGUUCAGACUCAUGUCUGGGCCAAGAAAAUAUAAACAUAUAUAUAUAUAAAAAAAAAAAAUGAAUUAAAGAAACUUGAAAUAUGGUUCAAAAGGAUAUGUGUCUGUGCACCAAUUCAAAUCUGUGGAUCUUUAUCCUAGCUUGUAAAGAACAGAAUGUUGGUUAUGAUCUCUCCUGUAAAGUUAGCUUCUGUGGCAGCUUUAGAUGUCAAUGUUUAAAUAAUAUAUGUGAAAAAUAAAUUUUAUGCAUCCAACAGAUUCUAAUCUAUUCAUUUUAUUAGAGAUAUUUAAAUAUCACACUUACUGUGUUGCCAUAAACAAUUUUCACCGUCCCUCAUAGUGCUGUUCCUCAAGCGGGCCUUAAAUUACUGUAUGUGGACUGUAAAUUAAACUGUAAAUGUGAUAUGCUGGAAAAUAUUUGCAGUUUGAUAACCAUUUUAAACUUGAUAUGAUGGACAAACUGGAUAGAUCAUUCUUAUUAUGAGGCAGAUAUUUAUUUUAUUCAUGAUAUAAAAAUAGAGGCAAGCUGGGAAAAAAGAGGCAAGGUAGAGGAAAACAAAGUAAACCAGCACUUUAGUAUUGACCCUUGGGUACCUCAUUACUGUAGAGCAGGGUUAUUUUCUUAUGGGAAACAAAAACUAUUUGUUGGCUUUGAGGACACUGUGGUUCUCAUUUGAGCAGCCAGCUGGAUCUGCAUGAUAAUGUGUGAAACAAAAAUUACCUCUGUUUCAUAGCCUUUGGCCUAUUGGUCUUCAUCCAACCGGUCAGUCAUGGUGAGCUAAACCCCACAUGUUACGGUUACACAACGAUAACCGCUUUACUUCCUCACUUGACACAAAUUAAAAGCACAGUAAUGUAAAAUGGUUCCCUGUCAAAAAACUCCACUGGGGAAAAAAUGUAUUCGCACCAAUAAACUUUGAUUAUCCAU